AUGGCACAGGCUUUCGAGGUCGUCAACUUGCCUUCGGAUGGACUGCAUGCUAAGGGCACAGGCUGCAAGGGCAAGGGCAAGUCCGGCAAGGGCAAGGCGGGAUGGAAAGGCCGCUGCCACAACGAGCGACAGCAUGAGGAGAACGAGGAGUGGCCUUGGUGGAACUGGUACUCCCGACAGCAAUGGUUCCCCAGGGAAGCUACGCACUCGGUGGCGGCAGCACUGUCUCCACAGGUGCUCGCGAGCGCCUUUGUUUGUGAAAUUCCGCGAAUGGUCACGAAGGUGCGUGAGCAG